AGCCGAGAGAAUUAAACAACCCUCAGAUUGGAAAAUCUACUGACACACGAGCCAACAAAGAAUCACCUUUCAUUAAGAAACUGCUAAAUGGAGCUAUUGAAGUCACCUGCAAACGUACAAAAAUUAUAGAUGAUGAUACAUCUGAAAGUCAAAAAAUUCAAACCCAACUUGCUAUAUUAGGAAAAUUGAAAGAUUUACCCAAUAUCCUUAAAUUUUAUGGUCUUUCAAAAAUUUCAAACUAUCAAGUUACAGUUUUUGAAUGGGCAGAACUUGGCAUACUUCAAGAAUUAUAUGAUGAAAAUGAUAUUGCAUAG